CUGCUGUAGGUGAAGCUGCUCUCUCUCUCUCUCCAUACUGAAGCAGGUGUCCAACAUGGCGAACACUGGCAGCAGCUCUCUGGCGACUAUUCUCUUUUUAUUCCUGUUUCAAGCGGCUCUUCUCAAAGGAGCUGCUCAGGAACCAGUGGUGAGUCAGAACCUGGUGACGGACAAUGUGUCGGUGGUGGAGGGCGAGAUGGCCAUCAUCAGCUGUCGAGUGAAGAACAACGACGACUCCGUUAUCCAGCUGCUCAACCCCAACAGACAGACCAUCUACUUCAGGGAUGUGAGACCACUGAAGGACGCUCGCUUCCAGCUGGUGAACUUCUCGGGCAACGAGCUGAAGGUGGCGCUGUCCAACGUGUCGCUGUCGGACGAGGGGCGCUACGUCUGCCAGCUCUACACCGACCCCCCCCAGGAGGCCUACGCUGACGUCACCGUGCUGGUCCCUCCAGGUAACCCCAUCAUCGAGGCGCGUGACGAGGUUCUGAGCGAGGGCAACGAGACGGAGAUGACCUGCACCGCCAUGAGCAGCAAGCCUGCCGCCAGCAUCAGAUGGAUGAAGGGAGAUAAAGAGCUGCCAGGUAAGCCCAAAGUGGAGCUGACCUACGACAAGAUGUACACCGUGACCAGCCGGCUGACCUUCACCGUCAGUAAGGAGGACGACGGCGUGCCGGUGGCGUGCAUCGUGGACCACCCUGCCGUGAAGGACUUCCUUGCACAGAAAUACCUCGAGGUUCAGUACAAACCGGAGGUGAAGAUCGUGGUAGAGUUUCCUCAGGGUCUGACGAGGGAAGGAGAGAACCUGGAACUCACGUGUCAGGCCAAAGGCAAACCCCAGCCUCAGCGGGUGAACUGGGUGAAGGUGGAUGACGACGUGCCGUCCCACGCAGUCAUCUCCGGAGGCGAUCUUUACAUCGAAAACCUAAACAAGACCUACAACGGCACCUACCGCUGCGUGGCCUCCAACGCGGUGGGGGAGUCCUUCGACGACUACAUCCUCUACGUAUAUGAUGCUCCCACCACUACCCCUAAACCCACCACCGCCUCCACCUCCACCACCACCAUCUCCUCCACCAUCUCCCUCCCCGAGGCCAACCAAGACACUACGCCCAGCACUGAACCUGCAGCUCAUGACUCCCGGGCUGGAGAGGGCGCUCCGAGGACGGUGGACCACGCGGUGAUCGGGGGGGUCGUGGCCGUGGUGGUGUUCGCCAUGCUCUGUCUACUCAUCGUGCUUGGACGCUACUUCGCAAGACACAAAGGUACCUACUUCACACAUGAAGCCAAAGGAGCAGACGACGCCGCGGACGCAGACACAGCCAUCAUCAACGCAGAGGGGGGGCACACCAACUCGGACGAAAAGAAGGAAUACUACAUCUAAAGAGGACCCCAACCCUCAGCCCGCUUUAUGGAGCUGCUUCUGGGGCAAGAGGUGGAGGGAAAGAAGGGUGGAGAUGGAGGUGGAGUUUGUUCAGGAUAGAGGGGUUUCAAAGAGAGAAAGAAGGCCUGGUUUCAAACCGUUGUUUAGUCUAGUCUGCAGAUGUAGAUGGAAUGUUUUGUGUGUACAAAAAAAAAAAAAAAAAUCAAAAAUCAAACAAAAAGGACAAAAAUGGAAGUAGGGGUUUUUUUCGGAGGCAGAGUUGGAGGAAGGGGUUUUGGGGGGAUUUGGCGUGCAUUGCCAGAAAAUUCACUGUAGAGAGCUUCACCAUUCGACACCUCCCUAACUGCUGGUACGGAUUUUAUUUAGUUCAACCAUUUGCAGAAAAUUCUGUGCCUUGUUCUAUCCAUACUUUGGAUUUGUGUUCGAUCCUCAUUUCCCCCGUUUCAUCUCCUCAUCGAUGUGCUGUUGGCUUUUUGUAUGAGAGUAAAAAUUACACAGCCACUUUAUUCAUUUCCCCCCUAAAUGUGUCCGCACUCACACACUGCAAAACUCUUUCCAGUAUACUGUGAUUUGUCUCAAGCCAUUGCUCCCCUCUCUCGUUAUUUAAGUUUCGACAGCUCCAGAAAUGCAUGGAAUGCUUCACAUAUCAUUGUACAAAGAGCAUAAUGAGAAACAGGUUUCAUGUGCUGUAUAUUCUCCCCCUGAACACACUCAAAACAUAAUCAAAAAGAAGGCAGCGAAGGAUAAUACGAAAUGAUUUUUAUUGGUGUUUGCAAUCUCAGAGGAGAUCUCUUAAAUAAUCCUUUAGAAGAGAAUAUCUUUCUCACCGUGCUGCCAUUUUAAUAUUUGUAUUUCCUCCUCUCUUUUAGUCUAUGAUCUGUUUUCGCCCCAGCUUUAAUUGAGUUGUGAUGAUGAGAUUCAAUUGAUUUCCAUCUGCUCUUACAAAUGGUUUUAAAAUUGUUUUUCUUGGCGCACUCUCAGUCAAGAUGGCUCAGUAAUACGGAAAAAUUGGUGUUAAAAUUGGCCAAAAGAUGUAUUGUACAUAACUUUAACACACAAAAAUAACUGAAACGGCAAGUGAAUUUAUUUUACUUCACAAAACAUCCUCCCUUCACAGAAUCCAAUGUAAAUCAAGCCAAUGGAAUCACAGCUGUAUAUUACACUAAUCCUUACUAAGAAAUAUUUUUUACUAGAAUUACAAUGUGUGGAUUUCAUCUUGUCACACUCAUUGUGUUUGGGAGAGUUCAUGUCUUCACACUGAAGAGACAGGCCAGUCUUUCCAUCGCAACAUACAUUUUGCUUUAAAUGCAGCAGCUUGAGUGCGUAAACGGUUGAUCGUUUUCUGCAUGUUUGUACGUGCUAAAACUCAUUUAUUUUUGCUUCUCUAUCUAUGUAUCACCUGCCAGAAGUGAAUAAGGUUCUGUUAGUGCUGCAGAUCAUUUAAUAUACCAGGGAAAUCCUUCAAAAGUGGAUCCAAGUAGUCAAAUUGGCCACUCAAAAAUCCAAGAUGGCGGCAUUUUCAAGAUGGCCGCCAAUGAUGGCUUGGAAAUGUCUUUUUUUUUUUGCCAUAAAAUCACUUUCACUUGUUUUAAGGAUCUUGGUCUCAAAUCAUAACAUGUUGACCACAAAGAAACCAAAUUCAGACGUCAGGAAUUAUACAGAAGUUUAAUUUUACCAUUUCUAAGCCAUAAGAUCAACGUAAUCUGCCAAUGGAAAACUGAGUAGCCCAACAUGCGUGUUGGGAGUGGAGAUGGUUGAGGUAUCUUUGGGUGGAGAAGUGUAGUAGUACUGGUGACAUAAUGGUGUUCAGUGUGGGCUAGCUAGUUUUGCUAACUUAAAAUACUGGUAUUAGUGUGGUUUAGUGUCCCAGAUGCUUUCUAAUAAGCCCCACAUUUUAACAUAAUGAAUAUAAAAUGACGUAAAAAAGCUCUGAAGAAGUUUUGUAUUAGUCAAUUUGACUCCCCUAUUGGCAAUAUCAUAUAAUUCAAUCCCAAAAUCACCAAAAUGUAUCCAGUUCACUUGGCUGGAAAUGGCGGCCAUCUUGGAAAACGGACGCAACUUUGAAAAUUCAAGUGGCUUUUUAAAAUAAAUGACCCCAGAGAGAUGAAAAUGGACAUGUUGGAGCGUGUAUCCACUUCUGAAAGAUUGUUACAGCUAUCUGCAGCACUAUGUGCUUCUCUGGAGCACUGAAGAAUGGAAAAAGUAAUUAAUUAUUUUGAGGGAAAUGAAUACACAGGUUGAGCUCCGAGGUCGUAAACCAUGGUUGCAUUAAUGCACUGGCUUCUUAACAUGGAAACGAGGGUGUAUUCAUGGCAUUGUUUGUCUUAAUUGUGUCUCACACAGCAAGAAGCGUGCAUAAUGACUCCCCAAAUGAUCAAGGUUUGCACCAACAGAGCUUGGAUCAGGCUUUUCGUGUCAUUGUAAAAACCAUUUAAAAGGAUAAACAUAUCAUCAAACCUAACAGUGGCUGCAACCAUUUAUGAAUGUUUAGUUUUUCAAAGGUUAAAAGCUAGCAUCUUUAGAGUGGUGUAGGAAUGAGUCCUAAAACCCGGUAAUGAGUCAGCAUUUUUGAUCAUGUUUUUGGUUGUUAGCCUGAAAUAAUGUCUGUGGUAAACAUAAGCUGAAGAGAUUUUAACUCGACGACUAAAGAGUCAAAGAUGGCGGCAUUUUCAAGAUGGCCUCCAAUGAUGGCUUGGAAAUGUCAUUUUUUGUUUCAAAUCAUAAACUUUUGACCACGAAGAAACCAAAUUCAGACGUCAGGAAUUACUCAGAAGUGAGAUUUUCCUUUUGAACAAAACGUCUAAGUUACAAACGUUUGUCUGCCACAGAUCAUCAUUUUUGCUAAAUACCUAAAUCCAAUGGAAAAAAACAAUUGGCUUUUUGUCGAGGGAGCCCUUGCGAUGCUAACUUCCGCAUCUUCCCACAACUUCGUCACUGCACCACUCUAUAGGAUAAACCAUAUCAAAUCUGUAGAUAGAAAUGCGUCAAUACCAAUCAUAUCUAGUGAUGAAACAUUGUUCACGAGUAUGUCACUUGUUACCAGUCGGAGGUAAUGGUGUUUCUUGCUGUGUGGACACUUAAAAGUCUCAAUUGCCAUGUUUGAUUGGAGUUUCCCAAUGUGCAACAAACAUUAACAACGUGAUAGCUUUAAUAUAUCAUUCUCAUGCAUGAAGGCUUUCCGUAUUAAGACAUGGGGUCGUACAAAGGGAGGUGAAGAGGUUUCUUGUGAAGUGCAUUAGAUAAUCGCCUGAAAAUCUGUGCAUUUUCUUAAAUUUGUUUGAUAUUUUAUCAUGCAGCCGUAGUGAUUGGUGGGAGCUGUUUUCUAUUAGAUAUAGGGGGACUACAGGAGUGUCCAAAACUCUACAUGCCUCUGUUAAAAACGUGAUUUAAUUUAAAUUCUGUACUCGUAAAAGGAAUUACCACUAAGUUCACACUGUAUGCUGAUGACACUGCUGUUUUGUGUUUGGAUGGGUUUGGGGUGGGGGAAGGGUUUCUGAUUAGGUUUCGAUGUUUUCCAGUCUGAUGUCUGAUCAAACUAUUAACUGACUUGUUAUCGUUCAUUUAUGAAUCACAGAGCAGAUGCCACUCCACGUGUAGGACUGAGAUUGUGUGAUUUGUAUUUUACAGCGAGCGCUAUUUCGCUUCGGUGGCUGCUUCCAUUUUCAAUCAAACUUCAAAAUAUGUCUUAUCAAUAAAUAAAUAGAUCUGAAUACUGUCUUCUUCCUGAAGGGUGCGUUCACACCGGAUGCUAAGUGGAGAUUUGAGUUUAACCGCGGCAUAAUUUGUGUCCAACUAGACGUGCUGGCGAGGAGGCGGGGCUUAAGUCAAUGUAGAUACCAACAACAUAUUGAACAUAUUUCGCCGUAGUAAAUACGGAUAUCAAUUAGUAAAUCCAUGAAUUAAUGCUUUAGCAACUUUUUCCACAAGAAGGCAGGCAAACACUUUUAACAUCUUUGUUUUCUGAAUAGAGUUUGGAUCAAUCAGGCUAAGAUAACUUUGACUUGACAUGUUACGUGCCGCGCGAAAAAUUCACUUAGCAUCCGGUGUGAAAGCACCAUAAGGAAUUAAUAUUUACUUUGUUCCAUUUUUCUUUCCGGUAGGAACAGGAGUGUUUCUCCAAAUGUUUGACCGACCAUUCAUUUCCAAAAAGUUACAAAAAAAACAACAUUCAAGUAGAUAUUCAGGAAAGAUGAAGAUUCAAUUUGGAUGAAUUAGCAUAAUGAUAGUUUAGGCUACUGUGUGUGUCAUUUUAUUUUAUAUUAAAUGCCCAGUAAAGUGAAAAGGUCUCACAGUGUAGUUUCUCCACAUUAAAUGAAUUUGUCCUGUCUCUGGUUCAUGCGUUGCUAAAUGAUGUGACUGCAUCUCAGGUAGAAUGCAAAGUUUUAGGCCCCACCAAAUCACAUAAAAGCAAGUACAAUGCAUCCUCAUCAAGUGCAACACGUUAUUUUAGAUCCAAGAGGCAAACAUUUGGUGGUAUUUUGCAUAUAUGUUGUACAUGUUUCCUGUAUUUUUCUUAAUAUUUGGUGCACUGUAAAAGAUGUGUUGAGUAUUGCUUUGUGUUGACAUAGGUCAUAAAGAGUACACUGUUUAUUGGAAUGAAGCAGGAUCAGAAAACUUGUUGUGGCUGUACUUCUACUACUACUUCUACUUCUUCUUCUGUCACUAUCCUCGCACCACCGCCUUUGGAAGCACGUUUGAAUCCCGAAAAAGUUCUGAUAGUGUCACCAGUCAUUGUUUUUAGAUUGAUUCCUUUAUGUCUCUCUGCUGUUCUUGGGAAAUGUUAAUGUGUAUUAAUGGAGAAAAAGGAGUUCCACAUUCCCAUACACAUUUUGUAUUGGUUCAUAAAUAGACAUUUUUACAAAACAAUGAAGAGUUCUUGUCUUAAUAAAAAAGAAAAGAUAUUAAUGUCCAAAAUAA